CCCUCCGCUGGAGAGGUAUAGAUGCUGCACCAGCAGCCUCCUGCAUGCAGAGGUCCAGUCCAGUGAGCUGCACUAGUCCUGAGAGCCGCCGGCCCGGAGAAGUGGUCCAGCCACCGUGAGCCCCACUCCUGCAGCGCGAUCAGACCGGAGCACCUCCACCCACCUGACACUCGGCCACAGCGCGGAUGACGAGGAUGCAGCAGCCCUUGCACAGACCCCAGGUCCUCCUCCUCGCGCUCUUUAUCGCUGGGACGGUUCUGUCAGGCCCCUCCACUCACUCUAGGAGCAGAGUGAGACGCCAGAACAUGAAGGUGCGCAUCAGUGCCACGGAAGACACCAUCGUGAUGAAGUUUGUGCGUCCCAACGUCGACACCAAACUCGAGGGCUACAUCCUGGGCUACGGCAGCACCAUGUUCUCCAAACAGUUCAUUCAGCUGCCGGAGAACGGCCAGCCCUACGAGACAGAGUUCGAUGCUGAGCCCAAGUAUCUGAUCGCUGUCCAACCAACAGCAACGAAUGAGGUGAAAAAGCAGUGCACAGGUAAAGUUGAGCUGGAGAAGCCGCUGCACUUGGUCAUCGGGUCAGUGACGCCCACCUCUGUUCUCCUGUCCUGGGGGACGCUGCUGAAAACCCCCUACGAGGGCAACAUCAUGGACGACUGCACGGAGGACGGACACUACAUGGUGCGUUACCGCGAGAGGAACCGGAAGUGGAACUACCAGACCUGCCCAACCAGCGAGACGGUCAUCGACCACCUGAAGCCCAACGCCGUCUACGAGUUCGGUGUCCAGCCGAGCUCCAAGGACGGCACGGGAACGUGGAGCAAGCCCAUCGUCCACCGGAGCAACUCAGAGGGCGUUCAGGUAAAGGUCAUCAGGAAGAUCCCUGAACGUCCCAGCAACACUUGGAAGCCUCCAAAUACAGGUUCAACAGUGGGUUCUUCUCCUUUGGGAGUUCCACAAGUCCUCAAAAACAAAACCCUGCCCGUCCCUCAGAACAUCGCAUCUGUCACCAAGCGACUCCCAACAACAACAACAACUACUCUCGCUCCAACCACAACUACUACUACACAGAAGUCUCUGUCGACCCCUGGAACCACACUUCCUGUGCCUGUGGUCACCAAACAGCCAAACGGAGGAGAGGACCUCUCUCGACCUGUUUUAAUUCAUUCCCCACUGGUUCCACUAGUUUCCGAGCUCCUUCCUACCACACUACACAUUACAGCCACCACGACAUCUCUACCACUCCCACACAUAGAUGUGGACAAACCUGGUGCGCAUCCUAAUAGUCAUAAUAAGGAAAAACCCCUUGUACAGGAUUUACCAAAAGCCCAGGUCCAGGACUAUUAUCAGCCAUCAGAGCAGCCUAAGCCCCAACCACAACCUGGAUCCCAGUCACCCCCCCAGACCCAAGCACCACUCGAACUAUCAUCGCAGGUCUCACCCCAGACUCUCCCCCAGCACAUAACACAUCGUCAGUUGCAGCCAAAGCUACAAACCACAACUCCCAUUCAUUCUAAACUAGAAGUUUCAUCAAGGUCUCAGAUUAAGCAUCAAGUCCACCAUCAAACACAACCUCAACAAAAGACUCAGUCUAAAAUGCUGGUUCAGUCUACUCCAAAAACCACAGCACAUGCUCAAACCCCUCAGCCAACACUACAGCACAUAUCUCAUACACCUCCAAGGACUCAUAGCUACACAGAGCUUCAACCACAGAGUCCUACAGAGUCUACAAAUCAUCCCCAAACCACAAGACAACCACAGGUAGCGAUAACACAGGAACCUCAGCUAACCAUCCAGUCACAGUCCAGUGCACAGCUGAAGACAGUGUUUUUCCAGACCACGACACUGCCUCAACCAAAGGACCAGUCUAAACCUCAGACACCGGCUCUCCCCAAAAAACCCGAGCCUCGAACCUGGAACCGGCAGCAACCUCCAAACGGUCGUCGACGGCCCCACACAAAAAAACCUGCGUCUCACUCACAGCUCAUUGUCCAACCAAGGACCCCGACACAGUUCCUCCCCGAACCCCUUCCCAAGCCACACCCUGCAUCUAGCCCCCAACCCCAACCUGAGCUUCAGUUUCAGUCUCAGACCAGAACCUACUCUGAACACAACAAGAUCACCCCAAGGCAGACGGGCUCUACGGCUCCUAGUCCACCAGAAGAGAGCAACCCUCUACCAAGACCUGCCCUGGCUACACAGAAAAGUGGUAGAUACAACCAUGGUCCUGGUAUGCUUAGGUCGCCCGUUGCCAAAGUCCCACCAGGAAGAAACAUCACGCUGCAUCGCACCCGGGUUUACCCUUUUGUUAACCGUGGCGGUAGACCAUUUUACAACUCAAGCACCCCUGGGGCAGCAGUCAAUGGGGUGCGUCAUAGGGGCAAUGCUCAUCAUAAACCUCUGGUGCAGCACAAAGUCAAACCCGGUGUGCGUCCCAGCGCUCCUGUUAACAAGAAGCCCAACAUGGUGGAGAAACCCCGGGACCAAGACAAACCCAUGGACCCUAAACAAGGACACAAGGAGUCCAUCUUGAAGCCGUUCCCUCCGGUCACAGCCAAGCCCAGGCAGGAACAGCCCCCCCACCGGCAGACGACCACCUCAGCCCCCGCAGUGAACAGCAGCCACUUUGACGUGUAUGAAAACUCCUCCAUAUUCAGCCCGCUGCCUGCGUCGGACGUGGACAUCAUGGGCAAGAAGCGCUUUGUGGCUCCCCACGUGGUUUACAAAACAGACAAGAAGCCGGAGGAGCCGUGCUCCAUCACCUCCUCCCUCACCUUCUUCCCUGAGGAGGAGGGCGGCGAUCAGAACGUGACGGCGCCGCCGCGGCUGCCCCCCUCCAACGUCACCGUGGUUACGGUGGAGGGCUGCUCGUCGUUCGUCAUUCUCGACUGGGAGAAAUCUGACAAUGAAACCCGAGAGUAUGAAGUCGUGUCCACUACUGAGGGGCCUAACGGACACGAGGUCUCCAUUCUGACGACCAACCAGACUCACACAGCGGUGGAGAAUCUGAAACCUGAGAGCAGUUAUGAAUUCACAGUAACCCCGAAGAAUGAGCUGGGAACUGGACCUUCCAGUGAUCCUGUGUCUUUUAGCACAGAAUCAGCCGACCCACGCGUCACUGAAUACGUUUCAGGUAAAGAUGCCAUCUGGACCCAGUUCCCCUUUAAAGCCGACGCCUACUCUGAAUGCAACGGCAGGCAGUUUGUGAAGAGAACCUGGUAUCGAAAAUUUGUAGGCAUCCAGCUGUGCAACUCAUUAAGAUACAAGAUCUACCUGAGCGACUCGCUUAAUGGGAAGUUCUACAACAUUGGUGAUCAGACAGGGCACGGUGAGGACCACUGUCAGUUUGUGGACUCCUUCCUGGAUGGGCGGACCGGCACUCAGAUGCUUGCUGACCAGCUGCAGAGCAGGCCAGGGUUCUUCAGAGCGUUGAGACAGGAACCCGUCCACUUUGGAGAGAUUGGAGGAAAGUCACACAUCACCUACGUGGGCUGGUACGAGUGCGGCACACCCAUACCUGGGAAGUGGUAGGAGGCUGUCAGGGCUCCAGGAGGACGCAUCCGCCUAAAGGGAGGUGGGCCUUGCAAUGACACCACAAUGGACACUGUCGAUGGGCGUCUGUCGGAACCUUUAGGCGACCUGAACAAUUUCUCUUUCAAGUGCAUUUUUUUUUACUUUGGUUUCAGUUUCUCUAUUUAUCAUAAAAUGUCACGACAGACAAAAGAAUGCAGGAGUUUGAGUGAGGAAAAUGUUUAAUUUACAGUAAUCACAGAGAAAACUUGGGAAGCUGGCUCCCAAAGCGUAGCAACAUGUCUGGUACUAUUUAUCAAGGGAUACUCUGAAUAUUAAUAUUUUGUGGGCUCAGGCCUUUGAGAAGAAGACGACAUUUUUCCCAACAGUAGCAUGUAAGUGAUACAGAAAGGUGCUAGUCAGUCACUUUCAUUGUACAGUUUCAGCUUCUACAAGCAGAAUUGACCUUCUGCUGGCCCUAGGGGAUCAUUAGCAGUUGCAGUUUGCACAGUAUUAAGUUUGUUCAUAUAUGUAUAUGAUGUAAAAUACAGUAUGUAAUACCACAGAUCAUCAAUAGUGUCUGAUGCAUUUCAGGUAAAACAAAAAGACAAAGUGUGGAUGACUUUGAGCCCAGUUUCUAAGAAGCCACUUGGAAACUAAAGGUUAGAAUUUUCCAUGUCAGUGCAGGUUUGAAACUAAAAUAAAUUAUGUAAGAAUAUAAACCAAGCUUUAAAGCACAUGAGCAUGUGUCAUAAUUUAUGUGUUUUCUUUUGUUGCUGCAAAGUGUAAAAAAAGAGAUAAAUAGAGAUAUUGUCAGUUUUUUCACAUGUCAUUUCUGCAGUUGAUUUAGAUGCAUUGUAUGUUUUCCUGUAAUAAAUCCUGUUUUUAUAUUUAACACUA